UCUUACUGCAAGGAUCUGAUAAAGGAGUUGAAAUUUAUGAGCCCUUCUUUACCCAGGGUGAAACCAAAAUCUUAAAGCUAAAGAAUCUUCGACCUCAGGACUAUGCUAAUUACAGCUGUAUUGCUUCAGUGAGGAGUGUAUGUAAUAUUCCUGAUAAGAUGGUAUCAUUUAAACUCUCCAAUAAAACAGCUUCUCCAUCAAUUAAACUCUUGGUGGAUGAUCCCAUAGUUGUAAAUCCUGGAGAGGCGAUAACUUUAGUAUGUGUUACAACAGGAGGUGAACCUACCCCUACUCUUACCUGGGUAAGGUCCAUUGGGAAUCUUCCUGAAAAGACUGUACUGAAUGGAGGAACUCUAACCAUUCCCGCCAUUACAUCGGAUGAUGCUGGCACUUAUAGCUGCAUUGCCAACAAUAAUGUGGGAAACCCAGCCAAAAAAUCCACCAACAUCAUAGUGAGAGACCUAGUAGUGGUAUUGCUUAGUCAGAGAAUUUACAGCACUUUGGACAUAGUUCCAAACUACUCUACAGAAUGGUUCAAUCAGUAUGCUACUUCACCAACAGAGCAUUAG